AUGAAUCCAACCGCCCAGUAUCUCAUCACCCAUAGCUUCUGGCGCCACAACUACGAUGUCCGCACAACAAACAAAACACACCUCUACCAUAUCGCCAACUCCUCUUUCACACCAGGAAAACCAGAUCUAACUUUCUACCGUAGCCCUGACUCCAAUGGGCCCAUUGUGGGAGUGUGUAAGUUCCGGCACUUCUCCUCGGACUGUGAAAUUGGUGUAGGGGACCCGGAACGGCCCAAUAAGAUGAAUUGGGAGUACCUGCACAAACAAGGCUUUACGAAGCGCGUAUAUUGGUUCCGCAUGGAGUUAGACGACGGCACAAAGCGAACUUUUACCUGGAAACGAACCCACUCGCUUGGCAGUGGAUUUGAAAACCAUAAACUAGUCGAGGAGACUAGCCAGACCGUCGUCGCGGUGUUUUCUUCUGGUGGCAUCUUUUCCAAAACAACCGGCUACUUGGAUAUCUACUCGAAUCUAGGUCAGAGGUUCUACCUUAUGGUCCUUAUCUCAGGAAUUGCCUUGGUUGAGAAGAUCAGACGUGCGAAACAAAGCUCGGCGGGGGCGGGCGCUGCAGGUGCUGCAGGUGGGGGAGGAGGUUGCUAG